CCUCGGCCCCUCGGCCAUGACAGGGACAGGGCACGCCAUCAUGCCGUCCUCCGACGUGGAGACCGCGGCCAGCAACGGCAAGCCACCCGCCGACGCCGGCGCCGCCUUCGUGCUCGAGUCGAAAGGGACGUGGUGGCACGCGGGGUUCCACAUGACGACGGCGACCGUGGGGCCGGCUCUGCUGACGCUGCCGUACGCGCUCCGGGGGCUCGGGUGGUGGCUCGGCGUCGCGGCGCUGACGGCCCUCGCCGCCGUCACCUUCUACUGCUACCUCCUCGUGUCCAGGGUGCUCGACCACUGCGAGGCCAGCGGCCGCCGCCACAUCCGCUUCCGCGAGCUCGCCGCCGACGUCCUCGGAUCUGAAUGGGCGUCUUACCUGGUGGUGACCGUGCAAACCGCCAUCAACGCCGGGGUUAGCAUUGGAAGCAUCUUACUUGCUGCCGAUUGCAUAGAGAUAAUAUACUCGAGGCUGGCACCACACGGUUCCCUGAAGCUGUACCAUUUCAUCAUCAUCGUCGCCGUGGUUCUGGCCCUCCUCUCGCAGAUGCCGUCGUUGCACUCGCUGCGGUACAUCAACCUCGGCUCGCUAAUCGUCAGCAUCGGCUACACCAUGCUUGUAUCAGCUGCUUGCAUCUGUGCAGGUGUGUCGAGUAAUGCUCCACAGAAGGAUUACUCGUUGAGCUCGUCCAAGUCUGAGAGGACCUUCAAUGCGUUCCUGUCCAUCUCCAUCCUCGCCUCCGUUUUCGGCAACAGCAUUCUGCCUGAAAUCCAGGCCACGCUGGCCCCACCGGCGUCGGGGAAGAUGGCGAAGGCGCUGGUGCUGUGCUACUCGGUGCUGUUCCUCACGUUCUACUUCCCGGCCAUCACCGGCUACUGGGCUUUCGGCAAUCAGGUGCGAUCCAACGUGUUGCAGAGCCUCAUGCCGGACUCGGGCCCCUCCCUCGCCCCGACGUGGCUGCUCAUCCUCGCCGUCGUCCUCGUCCUCCUCCAGCUCAUCGCCAUCGCCCUGGUGUACUCGCAGGUGGCGUACGAGAUCAUCGAGAAGAACUCGGCGGACGCGGCGCGCGGGCGGUUCUCGCGACGGAACCUGGCCCCGCGGGUGGCGCUGCGGACGGCGUACGUGGCCGGGUGCGCGCUCGUGGCGGCGAUGCUGCCCUUCUUCGGCGAGAUCAUCGCCGUGGUGGGUGCCGUGGGGUACAUCCCGCUCGACGUCAUCAUCCCCGUCGUCAUGUACAACAUGGCGCUCGCCCCGCGCAGCAGACGGUCGCCCGCAUUCCUCGCAAACGCUGCCAUCAUGGCCGUCUUCAUCGUCCUCGGGGUCAUCGGCGCCGUCGCGUCGGUGCGGAAGCUCGCGCUCAACGCAGGCCGGUUUAAGCUCUUCAGCGAUGGGCUCUCUUAGGCCUUGCUUGAUGGGCUUAAGCAGAGGUCCAUUUGCUAUACACGGUCAAGCAAAAGAAGAAAAUGAUGCAAUGAUGUGCAAUCAAUCUUGCACACACCACAGGAGCCUAUUUUAACAUCGAUGCGAUGGUGUUUUCUUUUUUUGUGUCUUUUUGGCCACCUUACAUAGCUUAACAGUAAAAGAUAGCACUGUGAUGUGAUAGGCAUACCUCACCGUCGCUGAUGGCAGAUUAGCUCCUAUCAAGGAUUAGAUCGACACUAGAGCCCAACUCGAUCUAGUUCAUCCUGUCAUUUGAGUUUCACCGAUUGAAAUGAGGUGUUGUUUAUU